AUGCAUUCUCAGGAAGCUUUGUCGCCGACAGCUUUUGCCAGUCGGCCGUCAACUUCAAGCGCUCUCUCAGUCGUCGAACCGGUAAAGAACUAUGUGCCCGACCGGCCAGCUAUUCAUUAUGUACGAUUUCGUCGCGACGACCAGAAACCAGCGAAAGCAAUUGUUGUUGAAUCGAAUUAUGAUUACGUGCCGAAAAGCCGGGAUGAGCUGAAAUUGAAGCGGGGAUCUACGAUAAAAGUGAUACGUCGCGAUGGGGAAGACGGCUGGUGGUAUGGGAAAACACUGGAUGGCAGUGGAAAAGAAGGAUUCUUCCCGCUGAAUUAUGUUCAGCUUGCGAAAACACUGUUUAAAGAAAUUGAUCCAAAAGAUGUCAAAUUUACGGGACGUCUUGGAGCUGGAGGAUUUUCUGUAGUCAAAUCAGCCAUUUAUAAAGGACGGCUGUUCGGGAAGAAGCCAGCAUUUUUCAAAUGCUGGAUCAUAUAA